CCUCGAUGGCUCUUCUCAACGUCUCCUUUGCCUUCAAAGUCCCACCAAAGCUUCACUCCUCUUCCUCUCUCUCCCGCGAUCCUACGCCCCAGGUAGGCACACUACGCCUCCCUGUUCGUUCUCACCGACAGUCCACGACACGGUACGAUGCGCACCCAAAGUGCACGUUAGAUUCUCCAAGUCCGAUUGUGUGUUUGGGCGAAUGGGUCUCUAAGGCAAGCCUGCUGGGUGUCCUCUCCGCGUCUCUGUUCUUGGCCGACCCAGCACUAGCAUUCAAGGGUGGAGGUCCGUACGGUCAAGAGGUGACAAGAGGACAGGAUCUGACUGGGAAGGACUUUAGCGGCAAGACAUUGAUCAAGCAAGACUUCAAGACGUCUAUAUUGAGGCAAGCAAAUUUUAAAGGCGCAAAGUUACUUGGUGCAAGCUUCUUCGAUGCCGAUUUGACAGGGGCUGAUCUUUCAGACGCUGAUCUCAGAGGUGCAGACUUUUCCUUGGCAAAUGUGGCAAAGGUGAACUUGAGCAAUGCUAACUUGGAAGGUGCACUUGCUACGGGCAACACAUCUUUCAAGGGAUCAAACAUUGCUGGGGCUGACUUCACGGAUGUGCCCUUAAGAGAUGACCAACGGGAAUACCUUUGCAAAGUUGCAGAUGGGGUGAAUCCAACAACUGGAAAUGCAACACGCGAGACACUGCUUUGCAACUAGUAUUUCAUUGCUCCAGUAAAACAUUAUAUAUUUUAUCAGAGAGGAGCGGCUUCUGUGUCUGUUAGAGCUGCGGCUUUCAUUGGAGUUGAGUUUGACACUUGAUUUGUUGUGACUACUGUAUUAUAUUAGCCAAUAAUAGAGCAUGGCUAAUGUCUCUUGCACAACAAUUGUGCAGAGACAUGGAGUGGGUCCUAUGUGGGACCCAUAUGAUGAGACCCACCACGUGAGACCCACUCAUGUCUCUUGAUUCUUGUACAACAGUUGCACAACUGCAACUAUUGUGUAGGAAUCAUGUCUCAUAGAGCAUUAUCUAGUCCCUCCAUUUAUUUUGAAAGGCAACUGUGUAAUAUACAUACUAUAAAAUGAAUAUCCACUAUAAAUCAGAAAAUUGUUUCUUUCU